GCGGGGCCAGGAGGGCCCGCUCCAGGUAAACCAGGCUGAAGGGACAGGAAAUUCCACCAUUCCCUGUUGGACUCGGGGAAUGGCGCUUUACGAGACUGGGUGAGGAAGACCCGGCCGUGUAUUCGGGAACACGAAACCUCCCCGGAGCCGCAGUCGCCGCGCGGGGCGGCCUGGGAAAGUCACCAGUCAGCAGCGCAGUGGCGGGAACCGCAGCCCGGCGGCCCUGGAACCUCCCAGGGUUUGUGGACUUUCAGUGCUAUGAUUGUGGACUUAGUGUAGGAGGUGUGGGACUGCUCACAGGGCAUUUUGCAGGGAUCUGUUGGAGAACUGCAACAGUCUGGAUUCUGAGGGUGUUUUCUUCUUACGCUUUUGUUCCAUGGAAAGUUCCAGGUGCUUUCUGAAGAACCUCUUUCCCUUAUGCAAGUCUCACAUUGCUCAGUGAGUCCUGCUCACCUGUGAAUCAGAACAAAGAACCCUGGAUGGUGAAGAGAGAGGAUCAGUAGCAAAGGAUCCAGAGGUCCUUGAGUAUGAACACUGACUCUGCAAAGAGAGGAUUUCAGUGCAUAUUAGCAAGAAUUCCGGUCUUUUUUCCUGUCACAGAAACGCUGAGAAGAACAAUAAGAAGAAUGAAUUCUUCUCUGGUAAAUUCUCCCCAGGGUCUGUUAUCAUUCAGGGAUAUAGCUGUGGACCUCUCACAGGAGGAAUGGGAAUGUCUAGACUGUGUUCAGCGGGAAUUGUACAUGAGUGUGAUGUUGGAAAAUUACAGCAAUCUGAUUUUUGUAGGGACCCAUCGCAUAUGUGGUCAAUAUGAGUUUGUGGAUCAAGGCACAAAGCAUAUUCUCCACAAUUGUGAGAAUAUCCAUGAGAAGUCUUAUGUAUGUAAUAAGCUUGACAACCUGAUUCAUGAAUCCUUUCAAUGUAGACAUUAUGACACAAAUGAUACUGCAGAAAACUGCAACAAGUACAGAUUUGGUCACUAUGGAGAUUCCUCUGUUGAAACAGUAAAUGUAAACAGACAUAAAAGUGGGAACACUGGAGAAGAACCUUGCAAAUGUAAGGGCUGCGUAAACUGUUUAAAUUUGUAUGACAUCUUUACCGAAAAUCAAAGAAGCCACACAGGAAAGAAAGAACACAAAAAUAAAGCUUACGAUAGAUCUUUUGACUCUAAACAUAAAAUGCUGAAACAAACCAAUAGUGGAAAGGAAUCACACCAAAGCAGGAAGUCUGGGAAAUGCUCUAAGUUGGACUCAAGCCUCAGUAGACUUCAGAGAGAUCACACUAGAGAGAAACCCUGUAAAUGUACAAAAUGUAGUAAAUGCUUUCUGCAUUUGUCCCACCUCAAAGUCCAUUACAAGAUCCAUUCUGGAGAAAAACCCUACAAAUCUCUUAAAACUCAUCAGAUAAUUCAUAUAGGAGAGAAACCUUACAAAUGCAGUGAAUGUGACAAAUCCUUUAGCUUUGUCUCAAAACUUGUAAGACAUCAGAGAAUCCAUACAGGGGAGAAACCUUAUAAAUGUAGUGAAUGUGUCAAAUCCUUUACCCAGGAGGGCAGUCUUAGAACUCAUCAGAGAAUUCAUACAGGAGAGAAACUUUACAAAUGUAGUGAUUGUGACAAAUCUUAUAGCACAAAAUGGCAUCUUAUAAAUCAUCAGAGAAUUCACACAGGAGAAAAACCUUAUAAGUGUAGUGAAUGCCACAAAUCUUUUGCCCAGAAAGGUGCUCUUUUAACACAUCAGAGAAUUCAUGCAGGACAGAAACCGUAUCAAUGUAGUGAAUGUGAAAAAUCCUUUAGCUUUGUCUCAAAACUUAUCAGACAUCAGAGAAUCCAUACAGGAGAGAAACCUUAUAAAUGUAGUGAAUGUGACAAAUCCUUUACCCAGAAAGGCAGUCUUAGAACUCAUCAGAGAAUUCAUACAAGAGAGAAACUUUACAAAUGUAGUGAUUGUGACAAAUCUUUUACCACAAAAUGGCAUCUUACAACUCAUCAGAGAAUUCACACAGGAGAGAAACCUUAUAAAUGUAGUGAAUGCCACAAAUCUUUUGCCCAGAAAGGUGCUCUUAUAACACAUCAGAGAAUUCAUGCAGGACUGAAACCUUACCAAUGUAGUGAAUGUGACAAAUCUUUUUUCCACAAAUGCUCUCUUAUAAAACAUGAGCGAAUUCAUACAGGAGAGAAACCUUACAAAUGUAGUGAAUGUGACAAAUCUUUUCCCCAGAAAUCCUAUCUUAGAAAACACCAGGGAAUUCAUACAGGAGAGAAACCUUACAAAUGUAGUGAAUGUGGCAAAUCUUUUGCCCAGAAGUGCUAUCUUAGAAUACAUCAGGGAAUUCAUACAGGAGAGAAACCUUACAAGUGUAGUGAAUGUGACAAAUCGUUUUCCCACAAAUGCUAUCUUAGAAUACAUCAGGGAGUCCAUACAGGAGAGAAACCUUACAAAUGUAGUAAAUGUGACAAAUCCUUUACAUGUUGCUCAAGUCUUAUAUAUCAUCAUAGAAUUCAUACAGGAAAGAAACCCCAUAAAUGCAGUGAAUGUGACAAAUCCUUUACCAAGAAAAACCAUCUUAGAACUCAUCAGAGAAUUCAUACUGGAGAGAAACCUUACAAAUGUAGUGAAUGUGGCAGAUCUUUUGCCCAGAAAUACUAUCUUAGAAUACAUCAGAGAAUUCAUACAGGAGAGAAACCUUACAAAUGUAGUGAAUGUGAGAAAUCCUUUACCAAAAAAGCCUAUGUUAGAAUACAUCAGAGAAUUCAUACAGGAGAGAACCUUAUAAAUGUAGUGAAUGUGACAAAUGUUUUAUCCAGAAAUGCCAUCUUAGAACUCAUCAGAGCAUUCAUACAGAAGAGAAACCUUACAAAUAUAGUGAAUGUGAAACAUCGUUUACUGGUGGCUCAGAUCUUAGAAAACAUCAGAGAAUUCAUACAGGAGAAAAACCCUACAAAUGUAGUGAAUGUGACAAAUCCUUCUCCCAGAAAGGCCAUCUUAUAACUCAUCAGAGAAUUCAUACAGGAGAAAAACCCUAUAAAUGUAGUGAAUGUGAUAAAUCUUUUACCAGGAAAGGCCAUCUUAUAAGGCAUCAGAGAAUCCAUACAAGAGAGAAACUGUAUAAAU